UAAUUAACUUUGUUAAGACAAAUCAGUUGCCUGCAUAUAUAUAUAUAGCUAUAAUUAUACCUAAGAGAAAUGUAUGAAAUCACGCUCUUAAAUUGUAAUGUCAUGCGCUCUUAUACGUUGCGAACGGAGCCUAUGCAAGCAGCAGCCGCUCAUGAAGAGGGCGCCGCUUUAGAAUAAACUCACUUAUAAUUGAAAGUCGAUUGAGUGCACAAGUGGAUCUGUCGGUCUGUCUGAUUCCAGUGUAUCAGUAAAACAUUCAGAAAUCAUGCCUAACGGCAGGCUAAUUUGCACAACCAUUUUUGGCGCCCCCGGGUGGACACUGAUUUUCUGGAUUGGACAGAAGUUGGAUUGGAUUAAUCUUGGCGCUUCGUUGGAUAUCCCCAUUGGAUAUCAUCCCUCGCUCGUUGCUGUUGCUGUUCCUGCAGUUGUCAUUGGUGGCCCGCUGGACUUCAAACUUAGCUACUCUUGAGAGCUGCUCGUGGGUAUUCCUGGUUGGUAUGAACUUGUGGGAGGGAAUGCAUCGGUGUUCAAACAACCCUCAACCAGUGCCACAGGUUUGUUGGACGUCGUGGGCCUCUUGUCAAACUCUAUUGCGACAACGCCACGAAUUUUGUUGGUGCAGCUCGCAUGCUCAAGGAGCGCAUGGAUGCAUUCAAUGCCAAGGACGAAGACCUCAAGGCGUAUGCUGCGGCUCACAGUUUUUCGGUGGAAUUCAUUCCCCCGCGAGCCCCGCACAUUGGAGGCCUGUGGGAGUCGACGGUGAAGUCCGCCAAGAAUCUGCUGCUCAGGACUAUGGGCAGCGCAGUGCUCAAAAAGGACGAGCUGCAUACGGUUCUCGUGGACGUCGAGGCCGUGCUCAAUUCCAGACCACUGGUGGUCGACAGCGGCAGCCCCAACGAAGGAGAGGUGGUGACUCCAGCGCAUCUACUAGUCGGCAGAACGCUAGUUUCGCUGCCACCCGAAUCAGAGCUGCCCAGACCAGACAGCAGCCUCUCAUAUCUGUAACGAUGGCAGCUCGUGUCUGCCAUCAAGCAAAGAUUUUGGAGAGAUUGGUCCAGAGACUAUCUUCUCAGCCUUCAACAGCGAGGGAAGUGGUCCGAGGAGGUCGCCAACUUGGAGCCAGGCAGAGUGGUGGCAAUUCACGAGGACAACGUGCCCCCUCAAAUGUGGCUCACCGGAAUAGUGGAGGAGGCAAUCCCAGGAGCGGACGGAAAGGUUCGCGUGGCCGUGAUUAGGACGAAGGCCGGGGUCUACAAGCGAUCGAUCCAUCGUUUGGCGCCUAUUCCAUUCGAUUGAAGCCUAUAGGCUGUCAACGCGGCCGAUGUUAAGGCAAAUCAGUUGCCUGCAUAUAUAUAUAUAGCUAUAAUUAUACCUAAGAGAAAUGUAUGAAAUCACGCUUUUAAAUUGUAAUGUCAUGCGCUCUUAUACGUUGCGAACGGAGCCUAUGCAAGCAGCAGCCGCUCAUGAAGAGGGCGCCGCUUUAGAAUAAACUCACUUAUAAUUGAAA